CUGGCUGAUAAAUAGGUUUUUUGGAGCACAGGUGGCACAUGCUCCAAAAACGUGCUGCUCACAGCUUGGCCCUGGCAGGGUUGCUUGCUUUUGUUACUUGCUCUGUACGCCAAAAGGUUUCUCUCUCUCUCUCUCGCAGAGCUUGGGUGYGCUGGUGAGAGACCUCCUUGGACAGAACUGCUGAUUCCAAGUGUCUCCUCAAACCUUGGCACUGCAGCUACAACACUUACCGUCCUUGCUUGGAAAAAAAACAACCAGUGCAGUCAAGGCACUGYGUAGAAGAGCAUGGAGAAAUUCAGAAGUAUUUUUCUUUUGUGCUUUGGCUUCCUUCUAGUCCAUGUAAGAGGUCAAGGUGAUUUUGAUUUAGCUGAUGCCCUGGAUCACCCUGAUGACAUAAUUACCAGGAAGCCUACGGUGAUCAGAAGACCAACAAGACCUGUGUUCAACAAUGAUCUACAUCUAGGAGAUGCUCUUGGUGGGGGUGACAUCUCAAGAAAGCCUUUAUAUCCACCUCUUCCACCACGCCCGGGAAGUUAUGGUAAUUCUGGAGGUUUUGAUGACUCAGAUCUCCUUGAUGGGAAACCUUUACCACCAGUUAGACCAGGAGAAAAGGAGCAUCAUUUCAAUCAGGGGGCAAACACAGAUUCAGGAUUAAUAGCUGGUGUUACAUCUCCUGUAAUUUCUGCUUUUGUAAUAUUGGUUGUUGGAUCAAUAGCAGCCUACUCCGCUUACAAGAAUAAGAAACUUUGUUUCAAACCACGUGGUGGGGCUGCAGUGUAAACCACUGAAAAAAGAUUGCUGUCUGAUCACAGUCCUUUGGUUGGUGACAUCCUACACUGCCAUUUUGACAGAAGAAAAUCUUCCUCUAAUGAAUGUUUUCUUGAGACAUUGCAAUCCUCCUUUCUCUAGCCUGAUGUCACGUUUACACCUUGAGCUUUAUAUCAUCAGAUAUGUUUAAAACAUCAGGGGAUUGUAGUGCACUCUCUGACCUGCAUUCAUAAGGGUUGGACACAGAUUUUGACUUAGAAGUUAUCUUAACAAAGAAAUCAAGUUUGUUAUAAGCUAAAAAUAGAAAGAUUUGGUUUGUGAGGAUUUGAGUCACCAAAACUUCCUCUUCUGUGUUCAAAAUUAGCCAAAUUACUUAAUUCUGCUGAUAGAAUAGGAAUAGGGAGUUUGCCAUUUCCUUUCAUAUUUGUACAGGUUCUCCACUAUAUUUCUGUAAUGUUUACUAUGUUUAAAGAAAACUUGUAGUUGUCCAAAGGAUUAAAAAUGUAAAUGCCUUUACUUUGUAGGUAUGUCUGAAUUCUAGCAAAGUGAAAGGAACUAUAGCUAGAAAAUUCGUUCUUAAUUUUAUAAUAUAUUGAAAAGAUUAUAUAUAUUGACAAACCAUUGUUUGAAAUAAAAUAAAACGAGAUGACACAUGCUGAUUUUAUUUAUUUAUUUAUUAAAUUGAUUAAUUACUGAAAUGGUGUUUAGCUCUUCUCAGGAAUUAGAAUUUCACAUUAGUCUUGUUUCUGUUCUUGAAAACUUAGGCCCUACUCUAGGAACCUUUGAAAGCAUUAAUCUAGCAAGAUGGGUUUUUCUAAAAAAAACAUAUUAUUCAUAACUAUGAAAAGGGAAAAUGGGUACAAAGCUUUCUGAUUUAUUUAAAUGAGUUUGUGAUGUUUAAUUCUCUAAAAUCUAAGUCAUGAUGAUUUUUAAACGUCAUACUCUGUGGAGUUGUGGUUGACAGUUUUUCUAGCAAGACUGUUUCAUCUUCCCCUCAUUCCUGGCCGACCUUUCUGUGCUAACGAAUAUCCUCCUGUAGACAAACCUAUCACACUUUUCCUGUCUUUYUCCCUUCAUUUAGCUAACUGAACCAAAAUUCAAGUGAAUGAAAUAUAGAUGAAAGCUGGCAAAACUAAGUUUACUGACAUAAUUCUUCAAUACAGCCAUUUUAGCUAACUUUUUAAAGCAUAAGGAAAUUGGUGUGUUUCAUCUUCAUUUUAUAUGCAAAGCAUGGUUUUUCUUACUAAAAUUCCAUUUAGAUGGAGGUAGAUAUGAUUUUGUGUUUAUUAAAUAAUUGAGAGGUAGACAAACUGAAAAAGUACUCGCUUCACAAAGUAAAAUACCAUUUAUGAAAAUUAUUUUAAAAUGGAUAUAUAUCAGUUGCCUAAGUUACCACAAUAUUUUUUGAUCCUGAAAAAAAUUAUAAUGCACAUCAGUUUAAAUAUAGAAGCAUCUUGACAACAUACAAAAAAAUGAAUACCUUUGUGGUUAUUACUUUCAACUUAUGAAUGAGAAAAUAUUUUUAAUAAGGUUUUCAAGGAUAUUUGAUAGUUCUUGUAAAAUAUUAAUUUUCCAUGUUAAUAGUUACAAGAGGUUGAUUUAUAUUUUCCCAGGUAGACACAAAGAUUUGAUUAAUAUAAGUGUUUUGAUGUUCCAACUUUAGUUGUUUGUUCAACCAUGAAAAUAMAAAUUCUGCU